CUGGUCCCGGCGCAGUGCUGCUCGCCUCCAGGCCUCUCUAGCGCCGGCGCCGAUUCUUUCGACGUCUUCCCGCCGCGACUGCCGCGAUGGCCCUGUGCAACGGAGAUUCCAAGCCAGAAAAUGCUGGAGGAGACCUAAAGGAUGGCUGUCGCCAGUAUGAAGGAGCUGUUGUCAUUCUGGAUGCUGGGGCUCAGUAUGGAAAAGUCAUUGAUCGCAGAGUGCGGGAGCUCUUUGUGCAGUCUGAAAUCUACCCAUUGGAAACACCAGCCUUCGCCAUAAAGGAGCAAGGAUUUCGGGCUAUUAUCAUAUCUGGAGGACCUAAUUCUGUGUACGCAGAGGAUGCGCCCUGGUUUGAUCCAGCAAUAUUUACCAUUGGCAAGCCUGUACUUGGAAUUUGCUAUGGCAUGCAGAUGAUGAAUAAAGUUUUUGGAGGCACUGUGCAUAAAAAAAGUGUUAGAGAAGAUGGAGUUUUUAAUAUUACAAUGGAUAACACAUGCUCAUUGUUUAGGGGUCUUCAGAAGGAAGAAAUUGUUUUACUUACACAUGGAGACAGUGUAGACAAAGUAGCUGAUGGAUUCAAGGUUGUAUCACGUUCUGGGAAUAUUGUGGCAGGUAUAGCCAAUGAAUCUAAAAAGCUGUAUGGUGUACAGUUCCACCCUGAAGUUGGCCUUACAGAAAAUGGGAAAGUAAUACUGAAGAAUUUCCUGUUUGAGGUAGCUGGAUGCAGUGGGACCUUUACUGUGCAGAACCGAGAACUUGAAUGCAUUCGAGAGAUCAAAGAGAAAGUAGGCACAUCAAAAGUAUUGGUUUUACUUAGUGGUGGUGUAGAUUCAACUGUUUGUACAGCUUUGCUGAAUCGUGCUUUGAACCAAGAUCAGGUUAUUGCUGUACACAUUGAUAAUGGAUUUAUGAGAAAACGAGAAAGCCAGUCUGUUGAAGAGGCCCUCAAAAAGCUCGGAAUUCAGGUCAAAGUGAUAAAUGCUGCUCAUUCUUUCUACAAUGGAACAACCACUCUACCAAUCUCAGAUGAAGACAGGACCCCACGAAAAAGAAUUAGCAAAACAUUAAAUAUGACUACAAGUCCUGAGGAAAAAAGAAAAAUCAUCGGUGAUACUUUUGUUAAGAUUGCCAAUGAAGUAAUUGGAGAAAUGAGUUUGAAGCCAGAGGAGGUUUUUCUUGCCCAAGGCACUUUACGACCUGAUCUAAUCGAAAGUGCAUCCCUUGUGGCCAGUGGCAAAGCUGAACUCAUCAAAACCCACCAUAAUGACACAGAGCUUAUCAGAAAGCUGAGGGAAGAGGGAAAAGUAAUAGAACCUCUGAAAGAUUUUCAUAAAGAUGAAGUGAGAAUUUUAGGCAGAGAGCUUGACCUGCCAGAAGAAUUGGUUUCCAGGCAUCCUUUUCCAGGUCCUGGUCUGGCAAUCAGAGUAAUAUGUGCUGAAGAACCUUAUAUUUGUAAAGACUUUCCUGAAACCAACAAUAUUUUGAAAAUAGUAGCUGAUUUUUCUGCAAGUGUUAAGAAGCCUCAUACCCUGUUACAAAGAGUCAAAGCCUGCACAACAGAAGAGGACCAGGAGAAGCUCAUGCAGAUUACGAGUCUCCAUUCACUGAACGCUUUCUUGCUGCCAAUUAAAACUGUGGGUGUGCAGGGUGACUGUCGUUCCUACAGUUAUGUGUGUGGAAUUUCCAGUAAAGAUGAACCUGACUGGGAAUCUCUUAUUUUCCUUGCCAAACUUAUACCCCGAAUGUGUCAUAACAUUAACAGAGUUGUCUAUAUCUUUGGCCCACCAGUUAAAGAACCUCCUACAGACGUUACUCCCACUUUCUUGACAACGGGGGUGCUCAGUACUUUGCGCCAAGCUGAUUUUGAGGCCCAUAACAUUCUCAGGGAGUCUGGGUAUGCUGGGAAAAUCAGCCAGAUGCCAGUGAUUUUGACCCCAUUACAUUUCGAUCGAGAUCCACUUCAGAAGCAGCCUUCAUGCCAGAGAUCUGUGGUUAUUCGAACCUUUAUUACUAGUGACUUCAUGACUGGUAUACCUGCAACACCUGGCAAUGAGAUUCCUGUAGAGGUGGUGCUAAAGAUGGUCACUGAGAUAAAGAAGAUUCCUGGAAUUUCUAGAAUUAUGUAUGACCUAACAUCAAAGCCCCCGGGAACCACUGAGUGGGAGUAAUAAAUGUGUUGUUGAAGAA